AUGGGCCAUUGGUUUCUAUCGAAUAUUCCAUGGAAAGCGUUAGCAGUAUAUGGCGUAGUUGGACUUGUCACAUUAGGUACAAGAGGAGUUGAUGACUACGGAUUCAUAGCGUUUGUUAUGGUAGGAGUUCUUUUUUUCUCGCUUUUUAUUUUAAUCACUCACAUUCGUCUUAAUUAUCACUAUGAUGCGGUUAUUAGAAAUAUAAUUAUACCAGAGUUUAUGGAUAAGCGACCUUUUAGAGAAUUCAAUACUGCAAGGAAAGAAGUGAUCUUAGAGGAAAUUUUAGCUAAUGUUAACAAUUCUGUCAACUUAAAAUUAAAGACAGAUUAUUCAUUUACGAAUACAAUCGAUUUGGUUAUACAAUAUAAUGAGUGUAUGGACAAGUUUAAACGCCAACUUGACAAGUUGUAUGCUGAAGUACCCGACGAAGAAAUUAAAGGUUGGGAUAAAUUUAUGUUAGCGGCUAAGAACAUGGCAGAUGAAGAUAUAGAGUAUGCAAUAAACAAUGCUUAUUCGCCUGACUUGAUACAAAAAUACUGCAAGCGGGAAAAUAACUCUAAUAAUAAUAUCAUCAAUGAACGACAAGAUAUCCUUUCAAGAAAUCAGUUGAGCCAAAACAGGACAUCAUAA